GGGUGCCGCCCCGGAAGGAAGGCAGGCAGGCGGUCAGGCAGGCAGGCAGGCGGGCGCCGUGCCGCAGCCAUGGUGGUGCUGAGCGCGGCGCGCUGGCUGCGCAGCCGCCUCUCGGAUCGCUUCUGGAGGGUGCAGGAGGUGCUCAAGUACGCGCGGCAUUUUCGUGGCAGGAAGAACCGCUGCUACAAGCUGGCGGUGAGGAGCGUGCGCAGGGCUUUCGUGAAGUCCACCAAGGCCAGGAGGGAGAAGAAGAGAUUCCUCAGAGCGCUCUGGAUCACAAGGAUUGAAGCAGCUUCCCUUGAACAUGGUUUGAAGUACCCAGCCUUCAUAAGCAACCUGGUCAAGUCCCAGGUGGAGCUGAACAGGAAAGUUCUGGCUGACUUGGCUAUUUAUGAGCCAAAGACAUUCAAGUCCCUGGCAGCUUUAGCCCAGAGGAGGAGACAGGAAGGGUUCCUGGCUGCCCUGGGAGAUGGAAAAGAACCAGAGGGGAUAUUUUCACGUAUUGUGCACCACCACUAUUGAUAUCAGAGCCUGGGUGUGUGUUUUAGAAGCAGGGAUUUGAUUGUGAAGCAAACCUGUCGCGGGACUGCUGCUGGAGUGGAAAACGUGGAACAAAUGCUCUGAGGAUUGUGUGGGUGUGAAGCUGCUCCUUGAUGGUACUUUCCCUGUGUUGUUGUUGUUGUUGAAACCUGUUAAAUUAAAAGCACACUUCAAAGUUAGCAGUCAGGCCGUACAGUGACUUAAAAUAAAGGUUUUGGUUUUUUUUUGGCAACUGCUAGUAGGAAAAAACCGAAUUUGUGUGGUGAAUUCUGAACAGGGAGAAUGCAGCUGGGACGGGGGGAAAUGUUGACCCUCACAGGUGGAGCCUGGGAGUGAAAGAUACACAUAGUUUGUAUUGUUAAAGAUUUAAUAAAGACAUUUUUAUUCAAAA